AGCAGACCAGUAGGGGCCUCGGCGGGCUCGCCUGCAGGCACAAAUCCGCGCUACCGCCGUCGCCGCGCAGUUUCAUUACGCCCGCAUUAAACUAUACGCGCAAGGUGCUGCCCUGUGAUAAUUUGGGAACCAAGUGAUAAUUGUUUAUUACCAUUAUCAUUAUUUAUUUUAUUUUAAAAUAAAUUAUUUAUUUGCUCAAGAGUUGUUUAAAUAAAUCACUCUGGUAGCAGGUGUGCCGGGCGAAUCUCCUUCUGUCUGUCCAGUCAGCCUGAUUCAGGAUGCCGGAGAAGAUAAUUAAUUGCUAAGGACUAGACAUCGGUAUGAGGAUGUUUGCCAGGCUCUGUCGUCUCGCUUCUGACGGUGACUUGAAGCGACGACACUGGAACGUCGAUGAGGAAAUUAGAAACGAGGAAACGGAGCAAGUAAACCUUGAAGAGGAUAACGACUCUCCCAAGGAGGAUGCGUGUACGCUGCAGGAGGUGGACUUGGUGGCGAAUUGUCCGCUCUUACGAGUGACAGCACCGCGCACACCAUCGCCGGCACGGUCAACUCACUCAUCGAUUGUCCACAAUAGCAUGGGCCAACGUCCCAGCACGCUUUUGCGCCCAAAGAUCUCAUUGACCUGGGUCCUACGUGGCCAACAGCAUCAGCACAAUGACGUCAAUGGGAGUCCGAGUAUUCCCGACGCUCAGAUAAUUCGCAAGAGCAAAGAUCGUUCGUCGCGACGGAGUGUCAAAAGUGCUAAAAGUAUUAAGAGUAUCAAGACUAAGGAAUCUGCUGAGAUAAUUGACCGCGAUAAACAUGAUCGCUGCAAUGUUCUCCAGGAAAUAGACAAAAUAGUACGACAUGAAAAGCCAGCAAAGGAAUUAAAUAAAGAACCGGAUAAUCAACCGGAAAAUCGCAAAGUUGAUGCAGAACAGUUAGAUAAAGACUCACAAGAUAGUGACAAAGUUAAACGGGCGGUCUCAGAACCAACUUUGGCAUUAAAAGAAUCAUCAACUCGUGAAAAACAUCACCGACAUCGACGAGCCAAAAGAAAUCACAAACCCCGACCACCAACGAGAUUUGGUUACGAGAUUGCGGAUCUUGAUUCAUUUCUUACUAAAGCAUCGAUUGAACGUCCGGCAAAUAUUCCAGUUGUUUUAUCAUUUCCUACGACGCUGUAUCAGACGCAAGGAGGUGUCCAAGAUGAAAUAGCACUGCCACUGGGUACCGUUGUCAAUGCGGUAUUUAAAAACCAAGCUUGGCUGUAUGUUCAGACGCCUCAUGGACAAGAAGGUUACGUGGGAUACGCAGCUUGUCUUCCUUUGGGCAUUCUGCCUCAGCCCACGUGCGGACCGUGUUGGGAAGACUCGACUGACGUGUUUCCUAGACCACUGGGGAACAUGACUGACACUGAGAAGCUGAGAGAUACUCGAUCUGAGUGUGGAGCACGCGAACGAACCUCGAGAGUGAAGCGCGGACACAGAGACGCAGUUUCUGCCUGCGGCGAGCGCAGCGUAGAUCGUCUUUAUUUACGAGCUGCCGCGAACGCGAGGACCAAAGGAUCCAGACAAACUCUUCUGGUGAUACGCAGCGACUACGAGGGCCGGGGAAAUAAUUCAAUCAGCGUCUCCAAGGGCGACGUUGUUGCUCUGCUCAGUGAUCAUGUCCAAGGCUGGUUCUGGGUUAGGUCUAGAGACAGUCGCGAAGGUUUUAUUCCUGCUGUUAUCGCUGGUCAUGGAUUCUUGUGAUUUAUUUUUAUAAAUAUUUUUUAUUUGUAUAUAUAUUUUAUUGAUAUAUUUAUUUUUUAGUUUUUCCGAUUUAAUGUAAGAAAAUUAAUUUUAUAAAAAUUAAAUUAAAAUUUUAAAAUCUGACGAAUUUAUUAUUUAAAUGUAAAAUAUUAAAUGUAAAUUGCUUAAUUAUA